UUCAGAGAACUCCGGCGAAACUUCUCAUCCACCCCACUUCGUUCUACAUUGCAGUCAUGUCUCUUCUUACCAUGGGCCAAGAACACAGAGGCACUAGGGCAAACAUUGCCUCAUUCGAUCCCAAAAAAUUUCGUCAACGUUCACACCCAAUGCCUUAUCCAGACCCAUGGUGCGUACCUUACAUACAGCGUGCGGGUUUCGGUCAUGUUAUGCAUGUCGUAAAUGCCACAAUUGAUGUCAAAUUCAUUUUGGCUCUGUGUGAACGUUGGAGACCUGAGACACACACUUUUCACCUACCAACUGGUGAAUGUACCGUCACAUUAGAGGACGUGUACAUGCUUUUGGGUCUUAGAAUAGAUGGUAAGCCUGUCACCGGAAAUGUUCAACAGCCUAACCAAAUAUGUGUUCAAAUGUUGGGGGUAGAUCUGGUCGAGGGUGAGGGGUCUGCCAAAGCAAGGGGUCAGGGUAUUAAAUUAUCUAGCCUACAAUUGUACCACGACUCCAUAACUUUGACUGAGGAAUCCUCCGAACAAGAAAAAGUCAUUUGCAUGGGAAAGUAG